AUGGUUUUUUCUCGUUCCCAGACGUCAUCUGAUUUCUCCUUGCGACUUUUCCAAGAGUUCCUGUGCUCCGUUCAGAAGGUGAGAAGAGACGGUUUGGUUUCUUUUGGUAGUACGUUGGAAGAGUUCAACAUCCCUCUCUGUGUUUUUUCGGCCGGUAUAGGAGACAUAAUCGAAAUUAUUUUUCAGCAAACAUUUGGUCACGUUCCGUCGAACUUACACAUCAUUAGCAAUUUUAUGGAAUACGAUGAAACGGGUACAGUAUGUGGCUUCCGACCACCACUUUUGCAUUCGUUUAACAAAUGCACCGCAGCAAUCGACACUAACUCGAAAUUUUUCGAUGAUCUUCAAAACAGACCAAACGUUAUUCUGUUAGGAGAUAUGUUAGGCGACGUGCAGAUGGACCGCGGACUAGUGUACGAGGAAUGCAUUCUACGGAUAGGUUUCUUGAACGAACAGAUUGAAAAAUCGUUUUCCCAGUUUUUGGACACUUACGAUUUGGUACUCGUUGAUGACCAGACGUUUAAUGUUCCAAAUAUCAUCCUUAAAGCUCUUCUGGGUUUCCGUCAUCGCGACGGAUUUUCCCGUUGA